UUUUUGGAUUCCCAUGAGCGCCAGGCGGAGGGCGAGCGCCGCUAAUAAUCCGCCCGAAUCGCCGCCCGGGACCCCGCCUCCCAAGAAGGGCGGGGGCGACAAGAAUGCGUGGGUUGGAUUGCAGGCGGCGCUGGGGAAGAAAGAGGAGCAGCUUGUGGAGCUGCGCGAGCAGCACGAUCAGCUCAUCAACAGGUCUAGGGAUGCGCUCCAGAAUUGGGAGGCGGCAAUGCAGGCCAAGGAUCACGUCAUCCAGCAGCUCCAAUUCGCGCUUCGUGCACAGCUAUCGGCGCUCGAGAGGCAGGAGAAGAUCAAUGAGGAUGUUCGGCAGAGGCUGAUGCACAAGGAACAGGUGGAUCAGGCAAGAUUUCAUCAAAUGUAACUGCUCUAUGGAGAAAGACGUUGUUGAAUCGAGAGAUAAAAAUGGGGAUUCUAUCCAGCAGCUAUCAUCCGAUCUCCGUACUACCAUCUCGGAUCUCCAGCUUAAGUUAGACGACUGGAAACUCGACAGAGUUUCGAAUAAGCAACCCGAGACUUCACAGGAAAGAGUUCAAAGUUUAGAGGCGGCUUUACAGAUUAAAGAAAAGGAGUUUAGACAGCAGGAGAAAUGUUGCAGAGGGUUGAAAGCCUCUCUGUUGAAGAAAGAUCAGUUGCUGCGUCUUGCUGAAACAACCCUUCGCUCAAUAUUCUCAAGGCAAGAGGCUUCAUUUGAAUUAUUUGAGUACUUGAAGGGGAAGAUGGAGCAGGACAAGUCGUUUGUUAGAAAAACUUUGGCUGAUUUAAACGACGAGAUAGUGGAUUCGAAAUUCGAUAUUUGCGUGCAACCACGCGGCUCUUCCAAGUCUCCGGAAAAAUCCCGAUCGAGAAAAAGUUUUUCAAGGAAGCCACAAGAGAAAAGUUUGUAUAGGGUGGAUGACAUCCUGUCACGGAUUACCAAAGGCCGAAAGCAUUGUCAAGGAGAUAGUGAAAGUAUCUCUGACGAUGAUUCGAGCCGUGACGAGUCUCCUUACUUUUGGUUGAGAGCCAGAAGACCUCAAGAAGAUCUCAGCCCCCUUAUAAACGAGAUUGGAAGACUGGAAGAGAACUGGAGAAGAACAGAAGCUAGAAUGCGGGCCGAGAUCUCUAGACGGGUUCUUUCCCCAAUCGGGAUUCCAAACCCGGACGGGCAGCAGCAGCAGCAACAACACUAAGGCUCCUGGUUUCUUCACAAAAGCCUCGUGAAGCUGCCAGAAAAAUACAUACAAACAAAUCGGUCCACUCGAAUGCAACCGAGCGCAGGAGGACUCUCGAGAUUUUGCAAGUGCCCGAGAGUUUGAAGAUAACUCCGCCUGUCCCGCUCGUUCUAGCAGCGUUUUA